ACAGCCAAGGAAGUGACGUCCAGAGAACCUCGGCGCCUGGUCGGAUAAACUCCAAGAGGACCAAGGCGAACGUCUCUCCCUCUCUUGUGCGACUGAGAGGAAGCGAAGAUGUCGGAACGGAAAGUUCUAAACAAAUACUACCCACCUGACUUCGACCCAUCAAAGAUCCCGAAACUCAAGCUCCCCAAGGACCGGCAGUAUGUGGUUCGGCUGAUGGCUCCCUUCAACAUGAGGUGUAAGACAUGUGGAGAAUACAUCUACAAGGGGAAGAAGUUCAAUGCCCGCAAGGAAACGGUCCAGAACGAGGCCUACCUGGGCCUGCCCAUCUUCCGCUUCUAUAUCAAGUGCACACGCUGCUUGGCCGAGAUCACCUUCAAGACAGACCCGGAGAACACGGACUACACCAUGGAGCACGGCGCCACGCGCAACUUCCAGGCGGAGAAGCUCCUGGAGGAGGAGGAGAAGCGAGUGCAGAAGGAGCGGGAGGAUGAGGAGCUGAACAACCCCAUGAAGGUCCUAGAGAACCGCACGAAGGACUCGAAGCUGGAGAUGGAGGUGCUGGAGAACCUGCAGGAGCUGAAGGACCUGAACCAGCGGCAGGCGCACGUGGACUUCGAGGCCAUGCUGCUGCAGCACCGCCUGUCGCAGGAGCAACGGCGACAGCAGCAGGAGGAGGAAGACGAGCGCGAGACCGCGGCCUUGCUGGAGGAGGCUCGCCACCGCAGGCUUCUGGAGGAUUCUGACUCAGAAGACGAAGCUCUGCCUUCCCGACCACGGGCAACAGCAAGACCCAACCCCACAGCCAUCCUGGACGAGGCGCCCAAGGCCAAGAGGAAGGCAGAGGCAGUGGGCAGCAAGGCACAGCUGGCCGGCUUGGUUGUGCCAAAGAAGGUGAAGGCAGAAGCCAAUGGGGGCUCAGAGCAGGUCCGGAUGCCCGCCGCAGGUGCCCCCGAGAGCCCAAAGGCGGCCAACCUUGCACCCCAGACACCCAGGGCCUCCUCCCUGAGCCAGCUGGGUGCAUAUGGGGACAGCGAGGACAGUGACAGCUGAGCCCCCACGGUGGCAUCACAGACCCAAGAAACCAGAGAUGGGAACAAGGAAGACACCCUCAGCAAACACCUCGUGACAAUGUCUGCUGUGGAUCCUGGCAGGGAUGAAGGGCAAUGUCCCUCAGCACCAGGCGCCCCAGGAUGGACAGCCUGGUCCACUCCUUCAGUCCUUGAGUUAUGGGGAGCGUGUUGGCCCCAUCCCUUCCUGCCACAAAUCUGAACGCUGACAAGGGGCAGGGUCCCUGGGGACCACCUCCCAACAAGGCCUGGGGCUCCAUCCACAACACCAUACUGUGUGAGAAAGAAGAUCAGUUGACAACCGUGUGGACCGGCAAGCGACCCUGCCCGAGUGUAUAACCAGGUCUUAACGCUCACCGGGGUUAUGGCCACACGCCCAGCCUGGGCCUGGACCCUCAGCACAUGUCCUUCGUUCACAACUUAGCACUGCAUUGGUCUGUGUUCUGGUACUGGAAGAAAACUGCCGAGGCUGAGUCUGUUGUAUAGAACAUGGGGAACCUGGUACGCAGUGGCGGUGGAGAAACAGGAACGUGUAGCCCCAACUAGCCUCCACCUCCCCAGUGAACCACCAAGCUGAUCUUAUGCCUGAAAUGUUGGUGUUGGGGUCUGCUUUUCCCUGGAAUUCUUGGCUCUAACCCCGAGUCCUCGAACCUCUCCCCUAGACAAGAACAGGGGCGCAUCAGUGGCACCCUGGGGUUUGCUUGGAACCCUCCCCAGCCCACCCCCACCUUGGCUUCCCCAGCUCUGCAGCUGUCAUCAUCAUCCUGUCCUCGGAACUGUCAGGUCUAAUCUGCUGUCUCCUCCAUCAGCUCCCUGGGGGCCCUGGCAACAGGAGCCACCAGGAUAGAGUUGACCCCACCACCUGUCCCCAGCGCUCAGAGAGACAUAACCACCAGCUCCCCCAUGGCCCUCUGCCUGCCUGCUGGUCACAAACCUGGCCCCUGUGCUGUGACACCUCAGCUGCGUGGGGGGGGGGGGGGGGGGGGGGGGUACAGUUGGAUCUGCGAGUCCUCUGCCCCAGACGCCAUUGUGCCUCCAGCACUGGGAAGCAGCUGGGCCUCCCCCCAGACUGGGGACCUUGAAAGUCAAUGACUUGCAUCUUCCUCCCCACCCCACCCCAACCCCCGGCUGUGGCCCAGGGAAGCAAAUGUGUACUUCCGCCUGACUGGGGACCAUUGAAGGCGGGGUCACGCCUCCCUCAGGCUGGGUGCAGUGGGUUGCCUGCCCCACAGCACCUUUCUGCAGCACUUUCGGAUGGGAGGCUUCUCAGGACAAGCCCUGCAUCUGCCAUCAGACUACACAAGACCUGCCUCCCUAGGGGCUGGGGCGUUUUGGUCCCCUACACAUUCCUGGCUCCUUGGGUUUUGACUUUUUGAGUGGGUCUCCCUCUGUGGACUAAAGGCAUUGGCUACCAGCCUCACAGACCCACUGUGGACCAGUGUACCUCCCCUCCUGACCCCGCACUUUGGCACACUUCUUCCCAGAUUUGAGGGACAGUCAGGGAGACCCCAGUGCGCUGCUGUAUGCUGCUGCGUGAGGGAAGUCACACAGCUCCAUUGCAUGUCACCGACCAACCAGAAUGUCCAGAACAGCUGCUGCAGAGACAGGACGGAUUCAUGGGGGUGGAAUGUUCUGGGACUAGAGUGCAGCAGGUUACAUGGCUUUUCUAAUAUACUGUACAACCUA